UCAAGUUAACAUUCACCUUGUUUAUACCUUGAUCAAAAUUGAUAUACUAGUAUUCAAUACAGGUAAACAGCAUUAGAACUUUAAGAAACAGUAAUAGAUUAAGGACUGUUGUAAAUGGUAUCUGGAUGUGCCUUAAUCCAAAACCUGAACGAUGAACGGUGGUAAUUAAUAAACAGUAUCGAUAUAAAAUACAAAAUACUUGCGCAGCUUCAGCAGAGAACAUGGACGCGAAACGCGACAUUAUUCUAUUAUGUGACAGUUGUCUGCGUGAUAACACGGAUUCCCCCGCAAAUGGUUUUUGUCUUCAGUGUAACGAAAGACUUUGUGAUAACUGUAACAAACAUCAUAAGAGGAAUAAAGCUUCUUCAAGUCACACAGUCCAAAGUAUCGGCGACGAGAAAGAUGUAGAAGCAUUUGAUACUCUUAAACGACUUACGCAGUGUUCAGUUCAUGGAGAGAAAAAGAUAAAAUACUUGUGCAAAGAUCAUGAUCAGUUGUGUUGUAAUGAAUGUGCUAUUGUCAGACACCGUAAAUGCGAGGAUGUUGUUUCUCUUGCAGAUGAAAUGGAAAAGGCCAGCCAAAACUCUUCAACUUCCGCUGAAGAUGUUUUAAAAGAGUUUAACAAGCACGCAGAUUUACUCUUCCGCCAUGAAGAGAUAGAGCAAGUGAAGAUUGAUAACACGAAGGAAACUUGUACUCAAGCAUUGGAAACAUUGAGGAAGAACAUGGAAGCAGCAUAUAAAACACUACAAGAUAAAAUAACGAUGGAAUCUGAGAAUUGUCGAGACCCUAUCACAAAAAGUAUUUCCGCUCAAAAGGAUGAAAUACAAAGUUACCAGGAAGAAUUGAAUAUAUCUAUCCGGAAGCUAGAAACAGUAAGACGCCUUGGAAAAGACGUGCACGUCUAUCUAACGGAAAGAGAAAUGCGUCUUAAACUGAAUGCAUUUGAAAAGAAACUGAAAUACCUACGAGAGGGUGCCAACAGCAAGGCACUUCUUAUCAAAGAGAUAUCGUCUGCUGAUGCACUAGAGAAGUGUCUAAAGAACUUUAUUAAGGCAGAUGUGAAGACAACCAAUGUUUCCCCGCCUUCUUGCGAUAUCCAAGGACUACGUGAGCCAUUUCCUGCGAAAAACAUAGAAUAUCCAUUGAAACUAGGAAAAGAAAUUUCUCGAAAGAAGAGACACCGGCGUCGGCAUCGAUUAAAUACAACUCAAGUACAGACUGAACAUGUAUCUGGGUGCAUAUGGCUUGACAAUUUCCUCGUUGUUUCAAUACAGGAUAAAACUGAUAUUUUAAUUGAUAUUAUAAGUGGGCAGCCAGAACUGAUUCAAACUAAUGUGCAACAUGGAAACAAAUCAAUGUUUGUUAAAGUAGACGACAGAAGAAUAGCAGUAGUUACUGGGGAAGAAUACAACAGUUGCCUAUACCUAUAUCAGCUUGACCCUAGAUGGAGAGCCUUAGAGUGCACAAAUAAGAUUUCAGUUAAGAGGCAUGUCACUGGACUAGCAUAUGAUGCAGGCAUCCAAUCGUUAGUCGUAUUGUCAGACUCGGGUCUGGUGGAGUUUCUGAAUCUUAAUGGAAGACAGGUAGAAUCCUUUCGGUUGAGCAAUAUGAAAAGAAUGCUCAAAUCCACUGGUUACAGAAAGCAUUAUGUCGCUUUUGACAGUGAUUCAAAGAUUCUGUAUGUAACUGAUGGUUCCACUUUAAUUGCAACAACCAUGGAAGGCUGCACUAUAUUUGAAUACAAACUUACCGAGUCUCUGGUAGGUCCUUUGGCAUUAGACGCAAAAGGAAAUAUAUAUUUACCGAUGAGCGCAGAAGGGCAAUCAAUGAUACAGCUGAUCAGUUCGAAAGGGAAAUUAAUCCGCAUGAUGCAGGUCUGUACAUGCGCAGUGAAAUUUAUGACAGUUUGUUUCAAUACGAAAAUGGACAAAUUUGCGUUGUUGUGUGAUGAAAAUGACAAAGAACUAAAGAUCUUUCAUAUUUCAAUAUGGGAUUAAGCAAACGUUUAUGGCACGCAAAUUGUCCAAUAAUUACGUGAACCUAGGUUCAUGGUCGAAAAACUAAGAUUAGUAGUAGUAGUUUUGUUUGGCACAAGUGUACAUAACAUGGCAAUUUAAAACAAAUGACAAAUAACAUUGGUGAACUUCAUCAGAUUAGAAAUAUGGCAUGACAUAGAUAAAUGAUAUGAAAUAAAAGCCAUGUAAUGCUCACCAAUACCAUGGAUAACACAAAAAAUGAGGAAAGGAUUCCUCUUAUUUCCAUUGUGGUCCCUGAUAUUGGAGGUAUGACACAGAAACAAAUGUUAUAAUUAAAUAUUAAGCAUGAGCAUUGCACAAAAUUACAUAAUUCAGAAAUGCAUUUGAGAUCACAUAUAUUACAAUCAAAGUUUGUAUCACAUUAUCAAAACAAGAAAUAGUUCAUUUGUCAGCAAAACUUUAAAAACUAUCAUUGAUAUUAUUAUAGCUGAGGUAUUGAUAUUGUAAAAAUGAAUGCAUUGAUAUUAUUAAAAUGAAAUCAGUACUGCAGUAGAGUAAAAAAUUGAUAUUGAUAAAUUACUUUGAGAAAACUAUCUUUAAACUAAGCUUCUCAUAGUUAAACAUAUUAAAAUUCAAAUACUAAUUGAGAGUGACUAGAAUGAAAUUAACUGGCGAUCGAAUACUUACCUAUAUUUCCGAGUGAAAACAUGGGAUAACGUCGUAAACCAUAGUUCACGCUCGUAAACGUAGGUUCACGCUUUUAAAUCCAAGUUCAUGGUCGGAAACAUCGGUUCACGUUCGUACUCUAUGGUUACGAACGUGAACUGGGGUUCACGAGCGUAAACAUAGGAUAACGACCGUAAACAUAGGAGAACGGUCGAAAUUCGCAGUUCAAUCGAGAAAACUAGUUUAUCAAACGUAAACCAUGUCGAUAUAUUAGGAUUUUAAAAUCAAUUAUGAAUUUCGGGCGUGAACAUGGGUUUACGGCGGUGAACCUAUGUUUACGGACGUGAGCCUAUGUUUACGACCGUAAACCAUAGUUUACGGACGUGAAACUAUGUUUACGAACGUGAACUUGAGUAUACGAGUGUGAACCUAGGUUUACUAGGUUUCUCGAACAAAGCUAUGAUUUUGGGUCGUAAACUAUGGUUCACGCUCGUGAUCCCAGGUUAACGCCCGUAAGUAGAAUACCAUAGUAUAUGGGUGUGAACUUAUGUUUACGACCGUGAACUUGGGUUUACGAGCGUGAACCAUAGUUUACAAACGUGAACCUAAGUUUACGUUCGAUAAACUAGGUUUGUCGAACAAAACUAUGAUUUUCGGUGGUUUUCCUAUGUUCACGAGCGUGAACCUAUGUUUACGUUUGUAAACCCAAGUUCACGGUCGUUAACAUAGGUUCACGUUCGUAAACUAUGGUUUACGCUCGGGAAACUAGGUUAACGUCCGUAAAUAUAGGUUCACGCUCGUGAACUUAGGAUAACGACCGAAAUUCAUAGUUCAAUCGAGAAACCUAUUUAUCGAACGUAAACCUGGGUUCACGAGCGUAAACUAUGGUUUACGCCCGUUAUCUUAUGUUAUCUCUCGAAAAUAUAGGUUAGUAUUCGAAAAACCUGGUUUUACGUUCGAAAAACCUAGUUUAUCGAUCGAUAAUCCUAGUUUUUCGACCGUGAACCUAGGUUCACGUAAUUAUUGAACAAUUGGCUUGCUAUAAACUUUGCAUACAUUUAAUGGUAUACUAAAUUUGUUUUGCCGACAUGUGUGUGAUAUAUAGAUAUGUUUAUCGUAAACUAUGAAUAGAAAGAGAAGGCUGUUGAAUUGUUUAAGAGUGUGAUUUUAAAAUUACGAGUGUUUUAUUGUUGUGCGAGUUUCAAAAUUCAGAUAGAAUUGCAUCCGCAAAAUUCCAGACUGCACAUGUGUACAUACAAAAUAAAUGUGUGUUUUAGUUGGCUUUUAAUAAUUAUAACAGAAAAUUGUUGUUCGUUUUUCUUUAGUAUACUUCAAUAUAAAGAAUGACGUUGUAAAUAUAACUGAAAACUAUAUUAUGCAUGUAUAUGAAUAUAUUUACAAUUUACUCGCCCACACAUCGGUCGAAUAUUACAAUACAUUUCCAUAA